AAUUUGGUGCGUUACUGGCUCCCCGUUUUUCUGCUGAGGUACCCAAACGUUCUGCAUGUAGAAGCCAUUAUCAUUUCAUUUUUUAAAUUAUAACAUUACCUAUACAUUAUGGCUGCAGUCCUAAGAAAUGUUAAAUCGAAACGACUGUAUCCCUUCGUCCUUGCAAGAAUGAUUGGGGGUUACGGUGAAGCUGGAUCAGGAGCUGGGCGAGGAGGCGGCUCUGGUGGUAGCAUCCGAGAUGCUGGUGGGGCAUUUGGUAAAAUGGAGGCCGCUCACGAAGAACAAUAUUUUCGAAAACUACAAUCUGAGUUACUUUCAAAAGUAAAACGUGAACAUCAGAAGCAAUGCUUGUACCACGACGAGGAGAUCAAGUUCCACGAAGACGCGAUCAAGCGACACACUGAAUCGAUCGAAAGACAUCGCCUGUUAAAAAGUCAACACGAAGCUACCGUGCGACAACAAGAUAGCGUGGAAAAACAACAACUAUAUGACGAACAAAACAAGAAAAAAUAACCCGAAAAUUUAUCCUGUUUGAAGUUCAAUGAUACUUUCAACCUUUAUUUGUGUAUCAUGUUAUUUUGGUAAUGCUAAAAUACAGAUGUUGACACCUUCAAAAAAUUUUGUAUAUCAUUUGUGGUCAUGUUGAAAAAUAAGAAAAAAAGUAGAAUUAUUUUCGCGCAAAACUGAUACGCGAAUUCUUUAGGCUAUUUUUUUGAAAGAAUUUUUUUAUUAGGAAUCCUCAAGGCAUCACAUCCGAAUAAUAGUUAUCCUUUUAUUGGAUAUUUGCCUUAACCUUUAUUUAAAUCAUGUUUUAAAUGUUGUCGCGAUUUUGACAGUUUUUCUGGCGAUUUUCUCUCGUCAUCAUAGAGCGCAGUAUGGAUCAGCGCGACGUCGUCUAGUGUAAAGAUAAACAUAAAGCAUCAAGUGUACAAGUGUGAACUAACCCUUAACCCGAAUCAUUUCCACAAACAUUGAAGAAAAGAAAAAUAUUUUUUUAAACCUUUCUUUUAACUUGUGUUAAAAGCUGUUGGUACAGCUAUAUUUAAUUACCGUUUUUUAUGUGAUUUUGUACGAUGGAACAAAAAAUUGUGUUGUCGCAAAGUUCUGAUUAGCACCAUCUUUGUUACUGACCGAAUUUGCUCUCCAUUGCAGGUUUUCUACAUUCAAUAUUGAUUAAUAUAAAUAUUCAAGUAUCUGUGCAGGAGAGCGCUAACUUUUUGUAUUCAACAAUUUUGUUUUUUUCUUUGUGGAAGAAAUCUUAACAUUAAAUAUGUAAACAUCAAUUUCUUUCUUCAAAAACAUAUUUCUAUUUAUAGAAGUUUUAAAUAAUAAAAUGAUAAAACUAAAAAGGUUGAAUUUGGAAAAAAAUGUCUUAGAUAUCAUCGUAGACAUUUUAAAGAAAGAAGAUUCACUUUGAAAUAAUUUUUCGGUUAACAACAAAGUUUGCGCUUUAAAAAAUGUUUUGCGAGAUAACAAUAAAAAUAAUGAAAUCACGGGCGAAAUCUUUUUACUUGAAUAAUUUCUGAAUCUGAUUUUGUUGCAGUUUUUUAUUAUGGUAAGUUUAAGUGCCAAUUUGAAUUAACAGUUGUUGUAAUUUUAAAAUUAUCCAUAAAUGAAACAUUUGUGUAGCUGUACAA